AACUAUCUGCAUAAUUUGUUUAUUUACUGAGUUUUGUAGCGAUAAAUGUUGUUUUUUUCUAUAACUAAUUGCAUCAAGCUAAAAAAAGUUACGCUCUCCAAUUUAAAAUGAGUGGAGUGGGCGUCGAUAUUGAGCCAAUAGUCGAGGUAGAAGAACUCAUUAAGCCACAUGAGCUAACGCUCCAGCAUGCUCUUGAAAUUUCGCCGUUAGUUAAGGAGCGCACAAUAGGACCAGAUCUGCCCGAAUACAAACAUGAAGAAUCGACCAAUAGUGCACCCAACAGUCCCAAAAAUAUUCCCGCGCAAAAGCUAAAAACACCAAAAUCUCAAGAAAGUUCCCCAAAGCUGAUAAUACCCGUGCUGAAACCCUCACCAUCCUUAGACUAUGAAUUGGUUAGCGCCACCCUCAUGCUGCGCGACGCUGAAGAGAAACGCAAGAAGUUAGUGCGCCAGCAAAUGCAAGACAUGCAGGAGAAGCAACUGACAGUAUUACGAGAAAAUGCAGCACGCCUACGUGAACAGCAAAGCAAACAAAUGCAUGCGCUUAUCGCGGAGAAGCAGCGCAAUGACGCACACAUACUAGAGGAGGCUGAAAGACAAAGCGCACUCGAGUUGCAAGAAAUCGAAAGGCAAAUGGGUGCCAUGCGUCUGCAAGCCAAGCGUCAGCUACAACUUUUCUCUUUUCAGUGUGUGGCAAAAUAUCAUAGCGUUUUUCGCAGCAAAUAUGAAGCGGUUGCAAAGGCACUUAUCUCCAUUGACAAACAGGCGCUGCUCUCGUGUAGCGAUUACAAUCGUCAAUUGAAGGAACUUGUCGAGCUUUUCGAACAGUUAACGACCAAAAUAAAGACAGACGAAUGCGGUGCUACCGAGUUGAAACUGGCCGACAGUCUGUGCAACAAAAUGGACGCUUUGUAUGCGACAAUUCAUGAGGAUUUGGAUAAAUUAGUGAAGCAGCAAGAACAAGCGAGACAGGAAGAGCAACGCAAAGCUGAGGAGGAAGAGCUCGCUGCCGCAUUGGCAUUGUCACGAUCAGCAUUUGAUGCGACACAAGUGGAAGUAUCAACUCCAGCAACCGCCACAGUGCAGGCACAGGCGCCUCCACAAAAUGAGACAGCAGAGCAGAGUGGUCAGGCGCAGCAGGAAUCAGCAAACCAAACACAACAGUCGAUGCAGUUACAACAGCAGCAAACACAACAGCAACUGCCACAAUCAUCGGCACCGACAAACGAAGAGCCAACCGCUGCUUUGAAAUUCUAUCAAGAGAUCUACAGCUUUUAUCAGGCAAAGGUAGAUAGCGUGAAACCUCUGCAGUCCGAUGAAAAUAUGAAAAAGUAUCGAUUCGCAUGCCAGAAAGCGAUCAACAUACCAUUAAAUGCUAUAUCGGCAGUCAAUCCACAGCAUUUGCAGGAUAAAUUCGAACGAAUUUUCAACUUUCUCAAUGGACAACCGCUAAAAACUGCUGAUGGGCAAGUUAGUGUUAACGAUCAUCCGUUGGGCCGCAAUUAUUGUCUGCUGUUGACCGCGAAACGAUUUGUUAACCAAGGCGAGACAGCUAUUUCUAGCAAUCCCCAAGCCGCCUUUCCAGUUGCAUCAGUUGUGGUCUCUCUCUGGAAGCUAAUACCAGAUUUUGGGAAACUUUUCCUUGCGUAUAUCUUCAAGGAAUCACCGUUUCUUGUGCCGCUACGUGGCAAAUCCGUAGAAGAGUACAACGACCUCAAACGACAAGCGGGCAUUACGCGCUUAUAUGCUGCUGUAAUGAUUACGAAUGGACGACGGGCUGAAGGCCCAGAUCACCCGUAUGGACUUCAGCAUGCUUGGCGCUGGCUUGUGGACUUUAGCAGUCUCGAACCUCUGCCCGACAUAAGUGCGACAUUAAUUUUGGAGAUGCUGCAGACGCUGGGCUUUUCUAUGUGCCGCACGUACGGCAAACAAUUCACCAAGCUGCUGUUGUAUAUUUCACGCGAUUAUUUUGCUAGGCUCGCACAAGUGGAUGAAGGUGGCCCACGCACGCGCUUAGAGAUGCUCUUAAUGGAUUACUUGAAUCAGAAACAAAUUUCGGCGCCACAAGGUACGCUACCGCCGUCAUUUUGGUAGUCAGCGUAAGAACGUUUUAAUAUUUAUAAGGUUUUAAAUAACUAAUGUUAAUGGAUGAAAUGAGCUGCAAAUAAAUUUUCAGUUAAGAACCAUUAACCACAUUUAUAGGGAA